CCGCGCGUCGAGCGGAGCAGAGGAGGCGAGGGCGGAGGGCCAGAGAGGCAGUUGGAAGAUGGCGGACGAGGCGGCGCUCGCCCUUCAGGCCGGCGGCUCCUCUUCCGCGGCGGCCGCCAUGGAGGCCGCGUCGCAGCCCGCCGAGGAGCCGCUCCGCAAGAGGCCGCGCAGAGACGGGCCUGGCCUCGGGCGCAGCCCGGGCGAGCCGAGCGCGGCGGCGGAGGCGGUGAGCGCCACGGCCCCGGCGGCGCUGUGGCGGGAGGCGGCAGGGGCGGCAGGCGCGGAGCGGGAGGCCCCGGCGACGGCCGCGGCCGGGGACGGAGACAAUGGGCCCGGCCUGCGGCGGGAGCCGAGGGCGGCGGGCGACUUCGACGACAACGAGGGCGAGGAGGACGACGAGGCGGCUGCGGCGGCGGCGGCAGCGAUCGGCUACCGAGAUAGCCUUCUGUUCGCUGAUGAAAUCAUCACUAAUGGCUUUCAUUCCUGUGAAAGUGAUGAAGACGAUAGAACGUCGCAUGCAAGCUCUAGUGACUGGACUCCACGGCCGCGGAUAGGUCCAUAUACUUUUGUCCAGCAACAUCUCAUGAUUGGCACCGACCCUCGGACAAUUCUUAAAGAUUUACUACCAGAAACAAUCCCUCCACCUGAGUUGGACGAUAUGACACUGUGGCAGAUUGUUGUUAAUAUCCUUUCAGAACCACCAAAGCGGAAAAAGAGAAAAGAUAUUAAUACAAUUGAAGAUGCUGUGAAGUUACUACAAGAAUGCAAAAAGAUAAUAGUUCUAACUGGAGCUGGGGUUUCUGUUUCCUGUGGGAUACCCGACUUCAGAUCGAGAGAUGGUAUUUAUGCUCGCCUUGCAGUGGACUUCCCAGAUCUCCCAGAUCCUCAAGCCAUGUUUGAUAUUGAGUAUUUUAGGAAAGAUCCAAGACCAUUCUUCAAGUUUGCAAAGGAAAUAUAUCCCGGACAGUUCCAGCCGUCCCUGUGCCACAGAUUCCUGGCUCUGUCAGAUAAGGAAGGGAAGCUACUUCGGAACUAUACGCAGAACAUAGAUACCUUGGAGCAGGUGGCAGGAAUCCAAAGGAUCAUUCAGUGUCAUGGUUCCUUUGCAACAGCAUCUUGCCUGAUUUGUAAAUACAAAGUGGAUUGUGAAGCUGUUCGUGGAGACAUAUUUAAUCAGGUAGUUCCUCGGUGUCCAAGGUGCCCAGCUGAUGAGCCACUUGCUAUCAUGAAGCCAGAGAUUGUCUUCUUUGGUGAAAAUUUACCAGAACAGUUUCAUAGAGCCAUGAAGUAUGACAAAGAUGAAGUUGACCUCCUCAUUGUUAUUGGGUCUUCUCUGAAAGUAAGACCAGUAGCACUGAUUCCAAGUUCCAUACCCCAUGAAGUGCCUCAAAUAUUAAUAAAUAGGGAACCUUUGCCUCAUCUGCAUUUUGAUGUAGAGCUUCUUGGAGACUGUGAUGUCAUAAUAAAUGAGUUGUGUCAUAGGUUAGGUGGCGAAUAUGCCAAACUCUGUUGUAACCCUGUAAAGCUUUUGGAAAUUACUGAAAAACCUCCACGAACACAAAAGGAACUGGUUCAUCUUUCGGAGUUGCCACCAACACCUCUUCAUAUUUCAGAAGACUCCAGUUCCCCUGGAAGAACUGUACCACAAGAUUCGUCUGUGAUUGCUGCAUUUGUGGACAAAACAACAAAGAACAGAAUUGAUGAUUUAGAAGUAUCUGAAUCAAAAGAUUGUGUGGAAGAAAAAUCACAGGAAGUACAGACUUCCAGGAAUGUUGAGAGCAUUAAUGUGGAAAAUCCAGAUUUCAAGGCUGUUGGUUCUAGUACAGGAGACAAAAACGAAAGAACUUCUGUUGCAGAGACAGUGAGAAAAUGCUGGCCCAACAGACUUGCAAAGGAACAGAUCAGUAAGCGGCUUGACGGCAAUCAGUACCUGUUUUUACCACCAAAUCGUUACAUAUUCCAUGGUGCUGAGGUGUACUCUGACUCUGAAGAUGAUGUCUUAUCCUCUAGUUCCUGUGGCAGUAACAGUGACAGUGGCACAUGUCAGAGUCCAAGUUUAGAAGAACCCAUGGAAGAUGAAAGUGAAAUUGAAGAGUUCUACAAUGGCUUGGAAGAUGAACCGGAUAGACCUGAAAGUGCUGGAGUAUCUGGAUUUGGAGCUGAUGGAGGGGACCAAGAAGUAGUUAAUGAAGCUAUAGCCACGGGGCAGGAAGUUCCAGAUGUAAACUAUCCAUCAGAUAACUCAUAAUACUACUGCAGUUGUCCAGGUACAGGGAUUGCUCCACCAGCAUUGGGAACUUCAGCAUGUCAAAAAUGAAUG